CUUCACGUGUGAGACGAGAUCAGCUGUUGUAACGUGGGCAGUGUGAUUCGGCUUACCUGGGCCUGUGAAAAAGUAUACCUGUUAAUUAUCUAAAGCAAGACUCGUGCCACCUGUUUACGAGGGCGCAGUAAUAAUUCUACCGGGUAAUUACGAAGAUAAAGAAAUGUGUUAAUUGUUAAAAAGUCAUAACCUGCUGAGAAUCAUUAAUUUUACCUGUUAACGGCUCAAUUUUAUCCGUUAAUGGAGUGAUUCAAGACUUGCGCCACUUGUUAACGAGAGUGCGGUAAUAAUUCCACCUCUUAAUUACGAGGCUGAUUUAUACUACCUGUCGACGAGGCACAAAUAGUAUCCUGUUAAAUAAUCAAGAACUUUACUUGUUAACAAAGUGACUCUACCUGUUAAUUAAUCACCUCAAGAAUUCUACUACCUGUGAACAAGUGGUUAAUGUAAUUCGACCUGUUAACGAGACUCGACAUUCUACCUACCAGUACUAAGUUACCUGUUAAUGAAGUGACUGCUUACCUGUUAAUCAAGACAAUAACAGGUAAUGGAAAAGCAAAGACUGGCCUCCUCAAUUAAUUAGUUUCGUGUGAUGACAAAGGGUGAGAGAGAAAAAAAAAAGGAAAAUUACGUGUUACUUCAAGAGAGAGAGAGAGAGAGAGAGAGAGAGAGAGAGAUCCAGACACGGGAGAAAAAAAAAGUGCAUCAUCAUCAUGACUCAGCAAAAAAUAAUCCUCAUCGGAAUAUGGGCGUGUGUAUUACUGACGCCCACAUUCUCCCACGCCACGCCCACGUACACCAGCGCCACGCCCUCCACUCACGCCGACACCCACACCCCGCCCACGCUACUUGAGGGCGGAAAGGACAAGACAACCUCAGUCUCUAGUGUUCCUCGCCUGGCGCCCGUCUAUCCCAUCCUGAACACCACCCUGGGCAUUCUCUCCUUCGCCGCCUUCGCCGUGUACAUUGCUAUGCUGCUUGGGGGGCUUCUUGGAGGGGAAGGUCCGGCCAGGGAGGCAGUGAACAGGCGAGGCGAGGCAGCACCACAGGGAGACAUCACGCCAAACAUUUCAUCCUUCAACAACACACUGCAGCCAGCACACACGAUCCUGCCUUCCCUGCACCACCUCCCUCCUAUCUUCCCGCCCCCGAGCACCCAAGACCUCGGCCCUCUUCUGUCUAUACUGGGAGGGCACGAGCUGGCUGGCCUCAGAGGAAACACAGGCAACUUCAGGCGAAAAGUACCUUCAUUCAGACAUACAAACCAAAUGACUAGCCUUGGAUAUCCUCAGAGUUUAGAAUUUCCUAAUCAUCCAGCUCUUUAUCCCUACUAUGAUAUCCUACAGCCUUUAGGAGUGGAUGGUGGCCCUGAAUCGUCCCUUGGUAACUUCUCAGGAUUUCCAGGCGUUCCCAAGGGUAGUAGGGGUGUCACUGCUGCACGUGGGGUAAUGGAAGGUCUGAAGAAGUGGACCCCAGUUGCACCUACACUCUAUGACACGAAGGUGGAAGUCAUUACGCCUCAGGAACCACCACCAUCACCACCACCAACACUACCACCACCACCACACACAGGAAGGAACAGUACUAACGCCCUCCUUCAGUCUCCUGCAGGAUUCUUACUAACUCAAGCAGUGACCCAGGACUCCAGCACCUCACCCUCUUCACGUGCCACGAUUCCUAACGCUAGGACUUCGCAGGACCCCCAAAUCGAGGUUCCUCAACACCCUGAAAGCUACAAGAACCCUCCACUCCAUUUUCUUUCACAGGGACAUGAGUUUAGGGGUACAAAUUCAGGUGCCUCGUUCAAGGGAAACAGGUGAAACAGGUAAAAUUGGUAACAGGUACACCGACGGUCAACUAGGGCAGGAUGUAAAUAGGAAACCAGGUCAAGUAUCACCAGAGAGGAAUACUCGUUACCAGCACGCCAUAGAGAGAGGUAACACGCAUCUCCACAGUCUUAUUAGUAAGAGCCACGCCCGUGACACACUCCCACACGCCCUUAAUAACCACAGCCACACACGCAUUCUGCCCUCACUGCCCACCAACGCCACCAACCUCUCACAUUCCACCACGCCAAAGGUCACUACAUAUACCCUGACGUCACCACGCAUCGCCAUCAACUCCAUCACCACGUCACGGACACAGACCCCUCCUACAGCGCCUCCUUCAGACACCCAAGCUAAAAACCUCACAAAUUUACACUGGGAUCGCCCGGCCACAGCUGCUGCCAUUGUGUCCGCCGUCAGGAAGAUAACCCUUGAGAACCUAAAGGAGCAACAAGGAGCCGGGGACUUCUAAAGGGUCAGUCGCCUCCACCCUUGCCUCCUUCAUGACGCAAGACCGAGGAAUCCCACACAUAAUGAUCCUCCUCUAGAUAACACAACACUGCCGCCUUCACCACGCAGUCACACGCCAACAGAGCCUUCCUAGAUCACUCCCCCAUGCAGCGCCCUAACGGAGGAGCCUCGGACGCCCAUCCCAGGCCAGACACACGCCCGGAACACGCCGCAAGAUGACAAGGCGUGAUGCUCUGGGAGUGAAAAGAUAUCGGUGAUUGGAUGAUCUACGUGAGAGAGAGAGAGAGAGAGAGAGAGAGAGAGAGAGAGAGAGAGAGAGAGAGAGAGAGAGAGAGAGAGAGAGAGAGAGAGAGAGAGAGAGAGAGAGAGAGAUCUGGGAAAUGUACUAAAGACAACCACAAUCUCACACCAAAUAACUACAACAACAAAAACAACAACAACAACAACAACAACAACAACAAAAGCAACACCUCCAAAUAACACAAAUACAAUACUUGAAAAUAAAACAAAAAAUAAACAUAUUAAAAAAUCAUAAACACCCCAAGAUAUAA